AUGGCAUGUGCCCUUUGCAAGGGCAACCACCUCACACAAGCAUUCGCGAGCAUGAUUAAUGCCACAUUAGCACUGACUUUUGCAUUGGACCGACAUCAAAAUCUCCCUCUAGCCAACACCAACUUCAACUUGCCGUCCGAGGUGGACGCAUUACUAGGCGCCGAGGUGUCCUUAAAGUUAUUCUGCGUCGGGCAGAUUCCCACUCCGGGCAACGCAAUCACGCUACAGAAAACCAAACUUGGCUGGAUCAUGGCAGGCAAACUCCCACAUGUAAAUAGUCAACAAUUCACUCGCUGUCAUAUAGCUCGCUACGCGUUACAACGUCAGCUCACGCAAUUUUUGGAGGUCAAAGGAACUCCGCGAUCCCCUUUAAUAUCAGUAGAAGACAGAGAACAUGAGGCGCAUUUUAAGGCGCAAACAAACCGCGACCACGUGUCACGCAGGUAUACAGUUCGGCUGAAAUUCAAGAACAAUGUGAAGGAUCUCGGCGAAUGUUAUUCAGUGGCACGAAAGCGAUUCUAUGCAUUGGAACAGAAAUUGAGUCAGAAUCCGGAACUCCGACACAGACACGAAAACAUUCUAAACGAAUAUUUGGUGUUGGGCCACACGUCGCUAGUGACGGAUUCAUCGAUCAAGCACAGAUAUUACUUACCGCACCAUGCUGUAAUAAUGCAAUCGCGCCUAACUACCAAAUUCCGGGUGGUCUUCGACGCACCGGCCUGGACCACCAGCGGGUGCUCUUUAUUCGACGCACAGUUGGUGGGACCAAACGUCCAGGAAGACCUACUCUCCAUCGUAUUGUGCUUUGGGUCACACACCUGCGUAAUGGCCGCCGAUAUAGAGAAAAUGUACCUUCCAGUAUGGGGACAUCCUGACGCCCGCGAGUAUCAAAACAUUCUCUGGUGCCUGAAUGUCCGCGAGCCGAUAGCAGCAUGUACUCUUAACACCGCCACCUGCGGCAGGUCAGCCGCCCCCUUCCUAGACACUGAAGGGCUGCACCAGCUCGCAGCUGACGAGGGAGAAUGA